CUUUCUGUCCUUAUGCAUUUAUCUUUGUGGCUCUUUCUGCCCUUGACACCAUACCCUCUUCCAGUGCUUUCCCUCUACUUCUAGACGGCUUCAUGACUUAGGCAGGGUAACAGAGACCCGAGCCUCUUUCCGGCUCCCCUCUGCAUCUUACUGAGUAUGCAGGUCGGAAGAGCCUCGGGUCCUGCUGCCGCGGUGGCCUAGAGCCAAAGGAAGGAGGAGCCCAUUGGGGCGGGAUUGGCCCUUAGGGCCACCUCAUAAAGCCUGGGGCGAGGGACGCAACACGUUAGGAAGGAGCCCUGUUGGGGCCGCACGGUCUGACAGACCUCACAGGCUCAAUUGGGGCUCUGCAGUGUCAUGCCCGGGAGCCCCCGGCCCGCGCCGAGCUGGGCGCUGUUGCUGCGGCUGCUGGCGUUGCUGCGGCCCCCUGGGCUGGGCGAGGCGUGCAGCUGCGCCCCUGCGCACCCUCAGCAGCACAUCUGCCACUCAGCACUGGUGAUUCGGGCCAAAAUCUCCAGUGAGAAGGUAGUUCCUGCCAGUGCAGACCCUGCUGAUACUGAAAAAAUGCUCCGGUAUGAAAUCAAACAGAUAAAGAUGUUCAAAGGGUUUGAGAAAGUCAAGGAUGUUCAGUAUAUCUAUACGCCUUUUGACUCUUCCCUCUGUGGUGUGAAACUAGAGGCCAACAGCCAGAAGCAGUAUCUCUUGACUGGUCAGGUCCUCAGUGAUGGAAAAGUAUUCAUCCAUCUGUGCAACUACAUCGAGCCCUGGGAGGACCUGUCCUUGGUGCAGAGGGAAAGUCUGAAUCAUCACUACCAUUUGAACUGUGCCUGCCAAAUCACCACCUGCUAUACAGUGCCUUGUACCAUCUCAGCCCCUAACGAGUGCCUCUGGACAGACUGGCUGUUGGAACAAAAGCUCUAUGGGUACCAGGCUCAGCAUUAUGUCUGUAUGAAGCAUGUUGACGGCACCUGCAGCUGGUACCGGGGCCACCUGCUUCUCAGGAAGGAGUUUGUUGACAUCAUCCAGCCCUAGUAGGGAUCAGUGACUACUACAUCCCUUCAAGAGUCCUGAAGAUCAAGCCAGUUCUCUGUUCCUGUGGAGCUUUGGCCAUCACCACCUCACUCCUUGCUGCCAGCUAAUAUGAAGUGCCAAGUGGACGGUCUGGUCACUGUCAGGGGAGGGAAGGGGCAGGCAUGUUAUAGCUUGUGUCCAGGACCCUGGCCUAGAACCUGUCAAGGGCUAGGGAAGGUAGCAUGACUUUUCUACCCUGCCCUCUGCCUGUCACCCCUGCCUCCCAAACCCCAUUAGUCUAGCCUUAUACCUGUUACUGCAAGUGUUUCUUCUGGCUUACUUUGUUUUCUAAAGCCAGGACUAUUCACUUUCCUCCCCAGGAAAAUGUGUUUUCUUUUGCCUUUAUCAAUCUGUUAAGGGAGAAAUGGUGAAUGUCAUACAUAUGAGAUGGUAUAUCCUUGUGAUGUAUAGUAUCAGAAGGUGGGUUGACAGCAUCAUAAACAGGCUGACUGGCAGGAAUGAAAAGAACAACAUACCGUGGCUGUGUAUCCUCUACUUCCCCUGUCUCAACUCAUCCUAGUCUUCUGAUACACUUUCAUCUGUUGGGGGAGUCAUUUGAGGGACACAGAAUCACUCAGUGUGAGAGCUAGAAUGGCCUAACCUUCCUCCCCAUGCUGUUAUCCCCUCUAUACCAUUUCUGGCAGAGGGUCCCACCUGGUUAGCACGCCUCUUUGAAUAAGAAUGCACUUACAGUCUCAGAAUAGGUACUGCUUCUCCAGGUUAACUAUUCGUAAUACCCUCAACUGAUGUCCACAAGGCUUCUCUUCUGUCUCUUUUAAAUUACUAACAUCUUCAUUCCUAUUUCAGAACUUUUUAAAAGCCACAAAACCUUUUUCUUAUAGAGUUGAAAUCACUCAUCAUUGGUUUUUGACACCACAGAGUGGUGGUCCUCUCUUGAGGGCAAAUUUCAGGAUAGAGCACCGGAGACAAAUAACACAAAGGCCCUUGAGGGGAAAGGAUGGUAGAUAGGGAAUAUACCUGGCAAUUGUGGCAGUUUUUUUCCAGCAGCCAGCCCUGCUAGGUGCUACAGCAGGAAAAAGUCAGCUUUGAUCCUCAGAGAGCCCUAUGCACCCUUCAGCUCAGUCCUCACCACUGUGUCUUGGGCUCCCUGAGAUUCCCCAACCAAAGGACCCUUAGGGCUUCUCAGCCUCUGUGAGGCUUCCUGGCUUACCCUGAAAGGAAAAGUCCUGAUAUUUGCCUCUAGAAUUUAUUAAGGACAAGAGCUUAAAGUUUCAGAGUCUCUCCUGGGGGAAGCUCUGGCAAAGAUGACAGAGACAGCUCUUUUUAAGGCCCAAGAUUGUUUUUUAAUAUGUGGUCUACUGGUCAGCAGGGCCAUGCACAAUGUUUCAGAAGAUGGCUCUUGACCUGCAGAAAUGGUGCAAACGGAGACCCCUUUUGACCAAGGAAGUGGGGAGGUGGGGACAAACAUGAUCUCUGUUUCACUUGGAAUGCUUUGCAGGGAGUUUCCACUGGUGGGUUAAGCAAGAUCACCAACUGAUCACACCAGUGCAGGGCAGAGGGUAUGGGGACAGGGAAGAAAGGAUUUUGAGCUCCAGGUCCUUGCAGAGGAAAAACACUGCCAAUAGCCUCCUUACCAACCAACCGUCCCAUCUCUCUGCUCCUUCUAACUUCCUAGGAUGGCCUCAGAGAAGGCACAGUGUUAACUCAGCCUUAUUACAGUCAUGGAAGCCAGGUGAAUGGGAGAGUCAGGGGAAUAGUAAGAGUAGGAGCAAUGCCUCACAUCUAGUAGAAUGCUUCACACUCUCCCAGAGGCUAUUACUUAAUGAAUCUCACCUAAAUUGUGUAUGUACCAUAUUAGAAUAUCCUGUGCAGGGAUAAUUAUGCCCUCUUGACUGUCUUAUUGGAAACUGCACACAUUGAGGAAAUGUAGCUUAUUCAAUGACAAUUUGCAGAGCCAGGGCUGGGACUCAAAGCAAUGAGAUCUGAUUGCUGGUCCAGAAGUUUAUUAUUCUCUCAGCUUGAUUAAAGUGCCCUUACUCCUGUUCUUCCCUAUUCUAUCUAGAAUUUGACAAGAGGCUAAAAUCUAGCUAUUCCAGUCGCACAAGUUCUACAGUUCCACCCCAGUGGAGUCUUUGGGGUUGAGACACUGAGGCCCUUGUCAGAGCCCCACAGUGACCAGGUGGCUAAGUGCAAAAUGAAAACAGCAGAAAGACUAAUGUCCCCACUGAGCCACCUACCAUCUCUUUGUGGUUGGGGUAGUAUGUCUGUUCAAUGAGGGGGAACUUUUCUCCUCCCAGUGUCUUGUAGAUGGCGACCAGCUGGGCAAACUGCAAAAGAAAAGCAAAUGUUUCAGCUUAUCACAGAUAACUUCUGAAAGAGACAGAACAUCAACCCAUGAAAUAUUUAUUGAGCAUUUGCUCUGUGGAGGACUUUAUGCUAAGCACUGUGAGGAUAUAAAAGAAGUGUACAAUUUCUAUUCCCAAGGAUAUGAUAUGCAUUAAUUGGGGAAGGAAAAGAGAGUGAGCUAAAAUUCAAUUACCUUUCUAAAUUUUAAUGAUGUUUCAUUCAAUCCUCAAAUCAAAUUGAUGAACUAGCUAAUUUAACAUCUUCAUUUUACAUAUGGGGUCCAGAGAGGUUACAAAACUUGCCUAAAGUCACAGAACUGCAAGGUGAAGCUGGGAUUGAAAGUGGGGUCUCUAACUUUCCAUAUCUGCAUCUCCAAGUAAUGGCAAGGCAUGAAGCUGGCCAAGUCUUGGAAGUUCAAAUGCCAGGCAAAGGAAUGAUGGAUUUUUCUGGGAAGCAGUAUGCAGCCACCAAGAAUUUGAGCAGGAAGCAUCAUAAAAUGAAGCUGAUCUUCAGGAAGAUUAGGAUAAAAUGGUCAUGGUAUGUGGAAUAGACAGGCCAGUCUUUCUGGGACUUACUACCCAACCAGGGACUAAACUCACUGGACCCUUUGCCAACGUAUGAGAAACUGAAAUAGCUCCAUGAGGAAGGGACAAAAUACACAUACUUACAAUGUCAGGGUUGAAAGGCUUUCUCAGUGCAUAGUUGGGAUCCCCUAGCCCCUCCAUUUUAUAAAUGAAGAAACUGAGGUCCAGAGAGGUCACUUGCCCAAGGUCACACAGUAGUUGAGACAGGUUCACAGCCAAGCCCCUUCAUUUCCAAUCCAUACCCUCUCCUUAUUCCUGCAAAUAGCUGCCUGUCAAGCUCUGCAAAAACUAUGCCCUUUCCACAGGAAACACAGGACUUUCCUGCUCAAUCCAGUAACAUACAUACCUAUACUCCCAUCCCCAGUGCUUCAGCAGCAGAGGAAACACGUAUUCUCUCUAGGGCUACUGGAUUAGUUCAUGUUCCAAGCUACCUGGUAUUUGGGAUGGCUAGAAGGGAAACCUGUUAGAUGAAAUCUGUUUAUCAGAGAAAGGAAGGCUAGAACAUUUUUCAGAAGCUCAGGUCCUAUUCUCUAUAAGCGAUGCCAGCACAUGAGCCAGGGAGGGGCGAGGAAGUUGGGGCAGUAAAAGCUUGGAGCUGGGCUGUUAGAAAACCAGAAUCUUCUGAUACUUGUUCCAUUAACUUCCUAGGUGUCCUUGGGCAAAUAAUUUUUUCUUUCUGGAUCUCACUUUCUUCAUAUAUAAAAUGACAGGGUUAAAUUUGAUCAGCUACUCAAACUUUAUACCACAAAGAAUAUCCCUUUAUUAUAUUUCCUCCCAAAUUCUGCUAUCGAACUGCAGUUUAAGUGAUUGCCUGUUGUGGUCCUUCUAUGGGUACAGAUAUAAUUUUGUUAUUUUUGAAAUGCUGGAAAACACUGGAAUUCCGGGUCCCUCCCUUUAGUAACAAACAAUUGGUAACUCUAGAGCUCUAGGGCCCCCUCCAGGACUGAAAGGAUGAUUCAUGGACUCUCAAGCCCGUUAAGAUAUCAUUGUCAAGAGGGAUUUUGUAGAGUUUCUAGAGUAGCCCUCUCAUUUGACAAAUUGAGAUUGAGGCUGGAGAAAGAAGCAAAGGAAAGUACAGGCUCCCAGAUCACAUCCUGGCGUAAGGGCUGCACUGUGAGAGCACUUAGGUCUCUUUUCCUUGCUGGGUGCAUUCUCCAUUGUACCCUCCUGUCCUCGCCAUCUUGGUCCUUCAAUUUGCUUUUACUGUCAAGAACGGAUCCUCAGACCUUUUCUGCCUUCUCUGAUUCUGCCCACCUGCUCAUCUGACCUUUACAUCCUACAUGCCCAUCUGGGCCUGGUUGGACUCCUGCUCUGCCUCUGGACACCUGCCUGAGCUCCCAAGGCUCUCCAGCAUCCCUGGGGAGCUAAUGCCAGCUCUGCCUAAUGACCUCUGUCCUGCUGCAGCCCACACUCUGGCAUGGCACCAAAGCAUGUGGGGGAGUUACAGAGACACCACACAGAUGCCAGGACAGCCUGCGGCAGACUCUCAGAGCCCUGGGAUAGCCAACACAAUAAUGGCAGCCAAUUCCCAGGCUUUUGUUGGGUCUCAAGAAGCUCACCCCACCCUCCUCUCCAGCAGUCCCUGUCUGCUCAAGGUACUGAGCUUGGCAUCUAACCCAUACCUCCCUGGAAACUUAGAUUAAAUCACAGGCAUACAGUCACCAAUUAAACUAAUGUAACAUCUGAUAAGAGCCGUUUCCUCUACACAUAGACAAAAGAAUGAAUUUGGGAGUGGGGGUGCUCUUGGCAAUUGAUACGAAGAUAUGUCCAUUAUAAUCACUCAUCCAAUGAAUCAAGAUAGAAUUUUUGGAAAAAAUGGGAUUCCAGAUCCAUUUGAGUAAUGUGUCCAUAUGCCUAUCACUCCUGGAAAUUAAAUGAUUUAAUUUAACUCUGGUGUACUUGUCUCCAAAAACUCAGAAAGACUGACAGAAUUUCAGAUAAAUUGGCAGCAAUAAAGGGUGGUGUCAUUC